GGUAUGCUAAUGCAUGCAACCUCUUGAAGUAAUUUGAUCCGGCUUAUCGCUCACGCUGCGAUAAAACCCUUAAUCCAAAGGACCGAGGGAUUCAGCACCAGAAAACGGUCAGAGUGAUCCUCAAAAUGUCGACGAAAGGUUUGGAUCACUGGGGAGAUAUACUCGUGGUCGUCAUUUACUUCUGUUUAAUUCUUGGAAUUGGAAUUUGGACUUUGUGCAGACCAAACAGAGGGAAUGUAAACAGCUAUUUCCUAGCAGGGCGUUCCAUGCCCUGGUUCGCAGUUGGAGCCUCCCUUUUCUCCAGUAAUAUCGGCAGUGAACAUUUCGUGGGUCUGGCAGGGGCCGGUGCCUCGUCAGGAAUCGUCCUCGUCUUCUACGAGUGGUUUGUUAUAUUCGAGAUUUUGGCCUGUGCAUGGGUAUUCCUUCCCGUUUACAUUUCAGCUGGGGUUUUCACUUUACCUGAAUACCUCCAUCGAAGACAUGGACGGGGGCGGAUCAGAGUUUAUCUCAGCUCUUUGGCGCUUGUCCUGUACAUUCUCUCCAAACUUGUGGUAAGCAUUUUUUCUGGAUCUAUGUUCAUACAGAUGGCUUUGGGGUGGAACAUGUACGCCUCCAUCAUUGCCCUUCUACUAAUCACUGGUGUUUUUACCAUGUUAGGGGGACUUACAGCUGUGAUGUACACAGACACCUUCCAGACUGCCGUCAUGAUGAUUGGAGCAGUUAUUGUUACCGGUUACGGUUUUGAAGAAGUUGGUGGGUUUUCAAACCUUCAGGCAAAGUAUAUGAAUGCCAUCCCUUCCGUUCGCAAUGAGAAUACGUCUUGCGGUUUGCCAAAGGCAGAUGCCUUCCAUUUGUUCCUGGACCCAGUGAAUAGUGACUACCCUUGGCCGGCAAUUCUGGUCAUGUCAACUCUUGGUGCGUCUUGGUAUUGGUGCUGUGAUCAGAUGAUCGUUCAGCGGUCUCUGGCAGCCAAAAAUCUAUCCCAUGCGAAGGGCGGCUCCAUUAUGACAGGGUACAUAAAGCUUUUACCAAUGUUCUUACUGGUAUUUCCAGGGAUGAUCAGUAGGGUUCUGUAUCCAGAUGAAGUAGCUUGUGCAGAGCCGUCAGUGUGUGAAAGGGUGUGUGAUAAUUCAGCCGGCUGCUCCAACAUUGCCUACCCCAAACUGGUGCUAGAGCUUCUGCCUUACGGUCUGCGUGGUUUGUUAAUGGUGGUGAUGUUCUCCGCUGUUAUGAGCUCGCUGACGUCCAUAUUUAACAGCUCCAGUACAAUCUUCACCAUGGACAUCUGGAGGAGAAUCCGGAGAGAAGCAACACAGAGGGAACUUCUACUGGUGGGCAGAGUGUUCGUGAUAUUUAUGUGUGGUGUCAGUGUUCUCUGGGUACCUAUCAUUAAAUCUUCUUCUGGAGGACAGCUGUUCACUUAUAUGACGGCAGUAGAGGGUUAUAUUGCUGCGCCCUUGGGUGUGGUUUUCCUCCUUUCAAUAUUUUGGACAAAGACUACAGAACCGGCAGCAUUUUUUGGGCUUAUAAUUGCCAACAUUAUUGGAGGUAUACGUCUGGUGCUAGAAUUUGUGUAUCCAACGCCAUCUUGUGGAGAAAUGGAUCAAAGACCGACAAUUCUGAAGAUGAACUAUUUGUAUUUCGGAGUAAUGCUUCUCUUUAUCACAGCGUGUAUCAUUGUGGUUGUCAGCAUGUUCACUUCUCGCAGAAGUCUUGAAGAGCUUAAAGGGGUGACAUGGUGGACCCGAUAUGGCCAGGAGAAACCAGGGGAGAUAAAUCUGGAUAACCAAUCUGAGGCAGACUUUGAGACAAAAGAAAAUGGACCAAGUCAAGAAAAAGAAGACGGAGAAGCAGAAGAUAAGACUGUUUGUCAGAAGAUCCUGACCUUUCUUUUCGGACACACUGAUGUACAUCAGAUUGAAGAAUUUCUCGUACAGAAACGACGACAAUUUCUUCACCAGGGUAGAAAAUCCAAAAUUCUUCUCAAUGCAAACGCGUUACUGUUAAUGCUGGUUAUUGCAUUCCUUACUGGAUUUUUUCAUUAGAAAGAGAGAGUUUUUCCUCAUGUGCAUACUCAUGUUGCGUAUUCAAAUGUUCUUAUUACAGAUACAUUGGUCUUGAUGUUGAUUAGUAAUAAUACUAACGUACUGAACAAUACAUUAGUUAUAAUGUAAAUAAAAAGACUAAUGCAAAGCUUU